AUGGCAGAAACAACUACAAUUAGCGCGUCGGUUGCGCCAUUAAUAACGCAAAAGCUACCAGUCGUUCGCUUUAAUAUCGAUCUGCAAUGUCCUAUUCAAUAUGUCACUGUCUACAACGAUCGGGCAGAAGUCACACGAAUUCUACGACAUCAUUUUGAUGUUGAAGGUACAUAUGAACUUGUGCUCGAUGGGUUUUCUACAUUUGUAGAUGAAACAUCGUUGCAUGUCAGUGGUGGAACAGGUAAAUCAUGCACCAUCCUCGAAGUAUCGUAUCAAACACGACAUGAAGAUAUCGCUCCACCAUCAGAUUUGUCAUCUCUCGAUCAACUUCAAAAUCAACUUGAAAACAUUCUCACUGAAAUCGAGACACAUAAACGUGAAUUAGCACGACUCGUCAAGCAACGCGCUUGGCUCGAUGGACGUUCUACCAAAUUAAUGAAUCAAGAUGGGCCGUGUACGAGUAGUGAUCUGGAUAAUAUGCAACAAUUCCUCGAGUUCUAUCACAAAACACUAUUGAUACUCGACGAUCAGUCAGCAGGUGAAGAAGACGAAAUUAAGAAAUUGAAUGAUCGUCAAGAAGCUUUGAAAUCUCAAAUCAAUCAACACGGUGCCACAGCUGAAGUGAAUCGACGAAAAACAUGUCGAGAAAUGACGAUCACAGUUCAUGUCGCUGAUGGUCAAAUUGAUGUAGCACUCGAAGUAUCCUAUUUGAUUGGUAACUGUUCUUGGACUGCUAGCUAUGAUGUUCGUGUAAGUAGUGUCGAAGCAAAUCGACAACGAACACAACUUACUUACUAUGGAAUAAUUGUCAACAGAAGUCAAGAAAACUGGCAUGAUGCAAAUUUCUCGUUGUCUACUGCAACACCAUCGUUGGGCGGAACUCCACCGAAAUUGAGUACACUCAAAAUCGAUUAUUACAAACCAUCGCCGCCAACUUAUCACAGACCUACCCGUAAAAUUCAAGCAGUUGUUAUGGAUCGAGGUGAAUCUUUGGAUGCAAUUGAGUUACAAUGUGCGAGUUUAUACUCGAAACGCUCGAAAGGUGCAUUCAGGUCAUUUCGUGGUAAAUCAUCGCUUAACUAUGACCCCACCAUUGAAGAAAACAAUGAAGCUGCAGAAACUCAAGUCAAUGUUCUCACUUCUACAACUGAAGCCAGUAUGUCUAGUACGAGUUUUGUCAUUCCUCGUCGAUCAACAAUCGAUUCUGAUGGAAAACCGCACAAGGUCACCAUCGGUGUUCUAGAUCUCACUUCAACAUUUACAUACACUGUUGUGCCAAAGUUGUCGCUUCAUGCCUUCCUCAAAGCAUCAACAAUAAAUACAUCCGAUAAACAACUUCUAGCGGGACCAGUGUCUGUGUUUAUGGAUAAUAAUUUUAUUACACACAGUUCGAUCGAAAAUGUUUGCAUUGGUGAUACAUUUGAUCUACCACUUGGUACAGAUGCUAGUGUCAAAGUCGAAUACAAACCAGUAAAGAAAAUGGUCGACAAACAAGGUUUCAUUUCAAAAGUGCACCAUGAAACGAUUCGUCAUGAGACUCAUAUUGUUAACACCAAAGCCACUGAGACGACGGUGUUUGUCUACGAACAAAUACCUCUAUCUUCAGAUGAGAAGAUCAAAGUGAAAUUGAUCACACCAGAUAUAAGACAAAAAGAACUCGCACGUAACUGCACAGUAACAAUGAACGAUAAGAACAAUUUAGAAUGGAAAUGUGUUUUGCAAUCACACGGUGAAUAUCGAUUUCCGUUAGAAUAUCUGAUGGAAUGGCCAGUAGAGAAACGUGUGGAAUUCAAGGAAGAAUAG